AUGAGUACCAUGAUUGAACAAAAGAAGAGAAAGUUGAGUUCAGCAAUUGUUGCCGCUAGAAGAGAUCCAUCAAAGAUUUUUUCUCCAUACAGAGUAAUUGGUAAUGUUAGUAAUUACGUUCCAUUUUCUGUAGGUACAUUAGGUUCGACUUUUUAUAUUGUUACUAGUGUUGGAAAAAGUUUCCAAAUUUAUGAUGCUAAUAAUUUGCAUUUACUAUUUGUCUCUGAAAAAGAACUAGACAACCCAAUUACUGCUUUUGCAACUCACUUCCAUUACGUAUAUGUAGGAUCCGGAAAUAAGGUGUUUGUCUUCAAAAGAGGUAUUCAAGAAUAUGAAAUCGAACUAAAGGCAAAUGCGAGAGUCAAAUCAGUUUGUGUAUUUGGGGACUUUUUAUGUGCAUCAGCAGAAGAUGGCAUACUUUAUAUCUACAAAAAGAAAAAUGCUUCUGCUAAGUAUCCUACUGAAUACUACUCUCAAUUCCAAGUUACAGAGCUGCUAGGAGGCGACAUUGUAUCAAUCAUACAUUUACCAACUUAUUUGAAUAAAAUUGUCAUUAUUACAAAAUCCAAUUUAUUAUUAAUUAAUGUAAGAACAGGUAAAUUAUUGUUCCAAUCUCAAGAGUUCCCUAACAAUAUAACAACAGCAUGUGAUGCUCCAGCCUUAGAUAUAAUUGCGCUUGGUACCAAUGCGGGUCAACUUAUGAUGUAUAAUAUAAAAAAAGGUAAAGUAAUAAGAAAUAUCAACAUUCCAAAAUCACAUAUUUCCUCCAUAUCAUUCAGAACGGAUGGCGCACCACAUAUGUCUGUAGGUUGUACCAAUGGUGAUUUAAUAUUUUAUGAUUUAGAUCGUCGUUCCCGUAUUCAUGUUAUUAAGAAUGCCCAUAAAGAAUCCUUAGGUGGCGUUAUGAAAGCUAUGUUUUUAAAUGGUCAACCUAUAAUAGUAACUUCUGGUGGUGAUAACUCUUUGAAAGAAUUUGUUUUUGACCCAUCUCUUUCUCAAGCUGACGGUGAAACUGUUGUUCAACCACCAAGAUUGUUACGUUCUAGAGGUGGGCAUUCACAGCCUCCUUCCUGUAUUCAAUUUGCAGACUCAAGUGCACACAUGUUGUUAUCAUCAUCUAGAGAUAGAUCUCUUUGGUCAUUUUCAUUGAGAAAGGAUGCACAGUCACAAGAAUUAUCACAAAGACUUCAUAAAAAUUCGAAUGGUGAUCGAUUAGCAGGUGGUUCUGUCAGGGAGAAAUUUCCUGAAAUUUUAUCCAUGGCUAUUGAAAACUCGAGAUUAGGUGAAUGGGAGAAUGUUAUUACAGCACAUAAAGAUGAAAAAUCUGCUCGUACAUGGGAUAUGCGUAAUAAGAGAGUAGGCAGAUGGACUUUCAAUACCACAGAUGAUGGAUUUGCUAAAUCUGUUGCUUUAUCUCAAUGUGGCAAUUUUGGCCUUGUUGGAUCUUCGAAUGGUAGCAUUGUGGUUUAUAAUAUGCAAAGUGGUCUUAUCCGUAGAAAAUAUAAACUUCACAAGAAAGCAGUUACUGGCAUUGCUAUUGAUGGUAUGAAUAGAAAAAUGGUAUCUUGUGGUUUAGAUGGUAUUGUUGGUUUUUAUGAUUUUAACAAAGCUACAUUAUUAGGUAAAUUGGUACUGGAUUCCUCGAUUUCAUCCAUGGUUUACCAUCGUUCAUCUGAUUUAAUUGCACUAGUUCUAGAUGAUUUAUCGAUAGUCGUGAUUGACACAAUAACACAAAAAAUCGUCCGUCAGCUAUGGGGUCAUUCCAAUAGAAUUACCUCUUUAGAUUUUUCACCAGAUGGCCGUUGGAUUGUUUCUACAUCUCUAGAUUCUACUCUUAGAACUUGGGAUUUGCCAACUGGUAAUUGUAUCGAUGGUGUAAAACUUGAAAAUGUAGCCACAAAUAUUCAAUUUUCUGCUAACGGUGAAUUUAUUGCUACUUCGCAUGUUGUUGGUAAUGGUAUUUGUUUAUGGACUAAUAAAAGUCAGUUUAAAUCUAUAUCGACUAGAGCUAUUUCAGAAGAUGAAUUCAGAAAUAUAAUGCUACCUAAUAACUCCGCAUCUGGAAAUUCUAAUAUUAUCGAAGGUGCAUUAGAUGUUAGCAACGAUGAUGAAUUAGAUAUAGAUUUUACAAACUACGAAUCACUUUCUCAGAUAAAUGAGGAUUUGAUCACAUUGUCGGUUGGCCCAAGGAAUAAAUUGAAUACAUUGUUGAAUCUUGAUAUUAUUAAACAAAGGUCUAAACCAACUGAGGCUCCUAAGAAACCAGAAAAAGCUUCGUUCUUUUUACAAUUAACUGGUGACAAAAUUGGUGACGAAGCUUCUACUAGGGAAGGUGUUGUGGAUACUUCCGCCCUAGAAUCUGCGGAAAGUGAGUCUAAAUUAAACGAAGCAGGGGCAGCUGAACAAGAAUUGCAGAAAUUCAAGCCAAGAGGCCAUGUUGAGUUGGAAUCCCAAUUUACUAAGUUAUUACGUGAAUGUUCUAAGCAAAACAAUUAUAGUAAAUUCUUAGAAUAUUUAAUUAAACUAUCCCCAUCUUUGAUAGAUAUUGAAAUCAGAGGUCUUGAUUCAUUUGAGCCGUUUAAUGAAAUUAUAUUCUUCAUCAAUGCUUUGACAAGUGGUUUAAAAUCUAAACGCAACUUUGAGUUAUAUGAAGCAUUUAUGAGCAUAUUAUUUAAAGUUCAUGGUGAUGUAUUACAUUCAAAUAAUACAAAUGCCAACAUUUCUGAAGCAUUAGAAAAGUGGGAUAUUGUUCACUCUGAAUGCAACAAAUUAGAUGACUUAUUAAAAUAUUGUUCUGGUGUAUUAAAUUUUAUUUCAAGUAAUUAA